AUGGCUGAUGAUCAGACCUUGGCAGCGGUCGCUGCCAUCGUCAAAAACUUGGCCGUCGCAUCGAACGAUUCCUGUCCUGUUCCCAUCGGCACCAACUCAGAUAUAAAUCUCCCAGGCCCUGAUACCGCUGCUAAGGAAGAACUGGAACGAGAGCUUUCGGCCCUUAUCGUUCGGGUUCAACAACUCGAAGCCAAGGCUAGUGCUGCAAAUGCUCCAAACUAUCCUGAUACUCCGAAUGAGACGGCUGGUUCUCCGUUCGAUGAGGAUUCGAGGUCGGCGAUCCGAACAAAGUUCCCAACUAGCCGGAAUGGGUUCACAGACGAUCGUAUCAUCAAGGCCAUUCCACUUACGGAUGAAGCCCUAGAGGGAUUACAGGAACACAUCAAUGAUCAAUCCAAAUUACUCGACAAUCAACGCCAAGAGUUGACCAAUGUGAAUGCUCAACUGGUGGAACAAAGAAAAUUGCAAGAACGGGCACUCCAGAUGAUUGAAAAGGAACGCGUGGCAACACUAGAGAGAGAGCUGUGGAAACACCAGAAGGCCAAUGAAGCUUUCCAGAAGGCCCUCCGCGAAAUUGGCGAAAUCGUCACUGCUGUCGCGCGAGGUGACCUUAGCAAGAAAGUGAGAAUGAAUUCCGUCGAAAUGGACCCGGAAAUUACUACUUUCAAGAGGACCAUCAACACUAUGAUGGACCAGCUGCAGGUAUUCGCUAGUGAGGUAUCUCGUGUUGCUCGUGAAGUAGGCACCGAUGGGAUUCUUGGCGGCCAAGCUAAGAUUGAAGGCGUAGACGGUACUUGGAAAGAACUUACUGACAAUGUCAACGUGAUGGCGCAGAACUUGACCGAUCAAGUGCGCGAAAUUGCCUCUGUAACGACUGCUGUCGCUCAUGGUGAUUUAACGAAGAAAAUUGAGAGACCUGCUAAGGGCGAAAUCCUCCAACUUCAACAAACAAUCAACACUAUGGUAGGACAAUUGCGCACGUUCGCAUCAGAAGUAACACGAGUCGCGCGUGAUGUCGGCACUGAGGGUAUGUUGGGUGGCCAAGCAGAUGUCAUGGGUGUCCAAGGCAUGUGGAACGAGUUGACGGUUAACGUGAAUGCUAUGGCAAACAACCUCACAACCCAAGUCCGCGACAUUGCAAAAGUCACUACGGCAGUUGCUAAAGGUGAUUUGACGCAAAAGGUACAAGCUGAGUGCAAAGGCGAAAUCUUCGAGCUCAAAUCAACCAUCAAUUCUAUGGUUGAACAACUACAACAGUUUGCGCGAGAGGUUAGCAAGAUUGCCCGAGAAGUAGGUACAGAAGGACGCUUGGGUGGGCAAGCUUCUGUCAAUGAUGUCCAAGGCACAUGGCGAGAUCUGACGGAUAACGUCAAUGGUAUGGCUAUGAAUUUGACGACCCAAGUCAGAGAGAUAUCUAGGGUUACUGCAGCCGUCGCCCGUGGAGACCUGACUAAGAAGAUCGGUGUCGAAGUCAGAGGCGAGAUCUUAGAACUUAAGCUCACUAUAAACUCCAUGGUCGACCGACUCGGAACCUUUGCCUUUGAAGUGAGCAAGGUUGCCCGAGAGGUCGGCACGGAUGGAACUCUGGGUGGCCAAGCUCGGGUUGAUGGAGUCGAGGGGAAAUGGAGAGAUCUCACUGAGAAUGUUAACACAAUGGCCUUGAACUUGACUUCACAAGUACGAGGUAUCUCGACAGUCACCCAAGCCAUUGCCGAUGGCAACAUGAGCCAGAAGAUCGACGUCCAAGCCAAAGGUGAAAUUCUCGUUCUAAAAGAGACCAUAAACAACAUGGUUGACCGCCUCUCCGUAUUCUGUAAUGAAGUACAGCGAGUAGCUAGGGACGUGGGUGUAGAUGGUAAGAUGGGCGGUCAAGCCGAUGUUGGUGGCUUGAAGGGACGAUGGAAAGAAAUUACCGCAGACGUCAACACUAUGGCGACUAAUUUGACUACCCAGGUUCGCGCUUUUGGGGACAUCACCAAUGCAGCUACUGACGGUAAUUUCACGAAGCUUGUCGACGUAGAGGCUUCUGGCGAAAUGGAUGAACUAAAACGCAAGAUCAAUCAAAUGGUUUACAACCUGCGAGACAGUAUCCAGAGGAAUACCCAAGCACGAGAGGCAGCCGAGCAAGCGAAUAAGACAAAGUCUGAAUUUUUAGCUAACAUGUCACAUGAAAUCCGUACACCCAUGAACGGUAUUAUUGGAAUGACACAACUAACUCUCGACACCGAUUUGACACAGUACCAACGGGAGAUGCUGAACAUUGUCAAUCAGCUCGCCAACAGUUUAUUGACUAUUAUUGACGAUAUCCUGGACUUAUCUAAGAUCGAGGCUCGCAGAAUGGUUAUAGAGGAGAUUCCGUACACGCUACGAGGAACCGUCUUUGGCGCUCUGAAAACACUGGCGGUCAAAGCGAACGAAAAGUUCCUAGACCUUACGUACCGAGUCGAUAGCUCUGUUCCCGACUAUGUUGUGGGAGACUCAUUUCGCCUACGACAGAUCAUCCUAAAUCUGGUAGGAAAUGCUAUCAAGUUCACUGAGCACGGCGAAGUAAGCUUGACUAUCCAAGAAUCCAAGGGCCUGCAACCGAAGAAUCCAAACGAAUAUGCCAUCGAGUUCAUCGUGUCAGAUACUGGUAUAGGAAUACCGCAAGACAAGCUUGACCUGAUCUUCGAUACCUUCCAACAAGCUGAUGGAUCAAUGACGCGCAAGUUCGGUGGUACUGGACUCGGGUUAUCUAUCUCGAAGAGGCUGGUGACCCUCAUGGGAGGUGACCUCUGGGUGAGGAGCGAGUUUGGUAAGGGGAGCAAAUUUUUCUUCACCUGUGUUGUGAAACUGGCUGGCGGCGGACUCGGAUCCAUUGAGAAGAUGCUUAAGCCGUACAAGGGGCACCAGGUGCUUUUCAUUGACAAAGGAUUGUCGGGGUAUGGGAAAGAAAUUUCCGUUAUGCUGCGAAGAUUGGGCCUCGUACCUGUGGUUGUUAAUCAAGAAAAGAACCCGGCCACAACAGGCUCUGAUAACCCGCCAUACGACGUGAUCAUAGUGGAAUCUAUCGAAACGGCCCGGAAGCUGCGCUCUAUUGAGGACUUCAGAUACCUUCCCAUCGUGCUCCUUGCACCUAUUGUCCAUAUUACCUUGAAAUCUUGUCUCGACCUUGGUAUCACGUCCUACAUGACGACACCAUGCGAGCCAAUUGACCUUGGAAAUGGCAUGGUUCCGGCUCUUGAGAACCGUGCGACUCCAUCAUUCUCUGACAAUACCCGGUCAUUCGAAAUUCUACUUGCCGAAGAUAAUCGCGUUAAUCAGCGUUUGGCAGUCAAAAUUCUCGAGAAGUACCACCACGUGGUAACUGUUGUUGGGAACGGCUUGGAAGCCGUUGAAGCUGUACAAAGAAAGAAGUUUGAUGUUAUAUUGAUGGAUGUUCAAAUGCCCAUUAUGGGCGGUUUCGAAGCGACUGGCAAGAUUCGCGACUAUGAGCGAAGCGCUGGGGCUCAGCGAACCCCAAUCAUUGCCCUCACUGCCCACGCUAUGAUGGGAGAUCGAGAGCGAUGCAUUCAAGCUCAGAUGGACGAGUAUCUGUCAAAACCUCUGCAGCAAAAUCACUUGAUACAGACCAUUCUCAAAUGUGCAACCCUUGGGGGCGCGUUGCUCGAGAAGAAUCGGGAAAGAGAGCUUUCCUCUCAUAGCAAAAUCAAUGGUGACCAGAAGUCGCCUCACAUUGCGCGACCCACUCUAGAGGCUCGUGCCAUGACAGCUACUGCUCCUGGAUCAAGCCCAUCCCUGGUGGCUUCAAGCCAGGGUGACCCGUUGCAAAGGGCACGUUCAACCCUCUCUGAACCACCUAGUUGA